UAUUUCAAAUUUAACUUAUUGUUGUCGAGCCUUGGAUUCUAUUUCAUAUUAACAAGAUUUUAACUUUGUUGGUAAAUUAAACUUGAAAAUGCCGAUUGAAAACUUAGAAGAGGAAGGCUUGGCGAAAAUCCCGAAUCUUGAAAUUGCUCAACUCGAGUUCCAGCUAACUUUGGAUCCGUUGAACGCGAAAGUUAAAGAUGAGUUGCUCGCUUUUAUCAAGAAAGACAACAUGUCACCUUACUAUGAGAAAGUUUGCAAAGCUUUUGGAUUUAAGUUGGAUGAGGGUUUGUUGGAAAAGAUGAAAAAUGAAAACACAAAAGAACUUUCGAAACUUGACGAGAAAAUCUCUGAGGAAGUUGAAUACGAGUCCGAUGAAAAAGACGCGUUGUUGUCGAAAGCAGAAUUCCUUUGCAAGAUUGGGGAGAAGGAAGGAUGUUUAACAGUGUUCCGUAAAGCUUACGAUAAAACGAUCGCGUUGGGCCAUCGUCUCGAUAUUAUUUUCAAUCUUAUUCGCGUUGGUUUGUUUUAUUUGGACCAUGAUUUAAUUACAAGGAAUAUUGAUAAAGCUAAACAGUUGAUUGACGAGGGGGGCGAUUGGGAUCGAAGGAACCGGUUGAAAGUUUACCAAGGAUUGUAUUCGGUUGCCAUCAGGGAUUUCAAAUCUGCCGCAAAGUUGUUCCUUGAUACGGUAUCUACGUUCACGUCGUAUGAGUUAAUGGAUUAUCAAACAUUCGUUACUUAUACUGUGUAUGUUUGCAUGCUGGCGUUGGAUCGCUCCCAACUACGAGAGAAGGUUGUUAAGGGAUCGGAAAUACUUGAGGUUUUAUUCGAGGAAGAAGCAACGAAAGAAUUCUUGUUUUCGCUUUACGAUUGUCGAUACGGAAAGUUCUUCGUUAGAUUAGCUGAAGUUGAAAGUCGGAUGAAGAACGAUCGUUUCUUCCACGCGCAUUAUCGAUAUUAUGUUCGUGAGAUGCGUGUCAUGGCUUACACACAACUCCUUGAGUCAUAUCGCAGUUUAACAUUGGAAUAUAUGGCUAAUGCAUUCGGGGUAACGGUGGAAUUUAUUGACAACGAACUUUCCCGUUUCAUUGCGGUUGGUCGUCUGCAUUGCAAGAUCGACAAAGUUGGCGGAGUUGUUGAAACCAAUCGUCCCGACAGCAAGAAUUGGCAGUACCAAGAAACGAUCAAGAAAGGGGACUUGUUGUUGAACCGGGUGCAAAAGUUGUCGCGUGUUAUCAAUAUUUAGGUUGAAAGUAAAAUGUCAACUUUAUUUGGA